GUUACAUCAGUAAACGGCACACGGAGUGUUUGGUGGUUUUCACUUAAAACAAACUCCUACUAUGAAUAAUACUCCAGAAACCAGUGAAACAUAAAAGGAAAACGAUAAAAAAUCAUCAGUUGUACACUCAAGGAUGCUAGUUACAGUGUGUGUCAGUUACUGUAUUAGAAUGUCAAUGCAACUGAGAUGAAAAUAAUCUUAGACAUUUCUCGAUAAUAAGAUGAGCGUGAAGAAAAUGAAAAAUUAAAUAUUUGGGGCUUGUAAUAAAAGUGAAGGUGGUGCAAUUGGUGUGAUAAAAGAGGCGGUAUGCUUGAGAAUAUACCGUCGUCUCGUGGAAUGAAUGAGGAAGAGUUGUUGAAACGAUCCGCUGCUGAGCGGGACAGAAUUUUCAGUAAUUACGAUCGUGGGAGAGAGCCUGGUGCACAGAUUGAUUCAUGGGAGGAUCCUGGAUAUGAGGUUUAUCACACAACUGACAGAUAUGGAUUCAUUCAUGAUAAACGAUUACCACGUAAACACGAAUCGAACGAAAUUAAAAUGCACCAUAUCGAGAUGGAGAGACUCAAGAAGUGGGAGAAAAUGACGAAACACUGGGACAGCCCAGCGACUAAAGAGAAAUUGAGGAGGAGGAUUUACAAAGGUAUACCUGAUAGAUUCAGGGGUCAAGUGUGGGCUCUAUUGCUUGGUAUUCAAACCUUAAAACAAGAGCACCCUGGUAAAUAUGAAGAGAUGCUUAAUCUUGCCAGACAGUGGUCGACUGAGAUACGACAGAUCGAUGCUGACGUCGCCAGACAAUACAGAGAUCAUAUUGAUUAUAGGGAAAGAUAUAGCAUCAAGCAGAGGUCAAUGUUCUACGUAUUGGCAGCCUACAGCAUGUACAAUAUGGAAGUAGGUUAUUGUCAAGGAAUGUCAGUAUUAGCAGGCCUGCUGUUGCUCUACAUGGACGAGGAGGAUGCAUUUUGGGGCCUCUCUGUGCUCCUUGCAGAUAAGAAGUACUGCAUGCAUGGCUUUUAUAUCGAUGGAUUUCCAAAGUUAAAUCGUUUCAUCGAACAUCACGACAAAAUAAUGACAAAAUUCCUUCCAAAAUUGAAGCGAAAACUGGACAAGUGUGGCUGUGACUCAAUCCUGUAUGCACUCAAGUGGUUUUUUGUUGUUUUCCAAGAGAGAACACCAGUGAGUCUUGGCCUGAGAAUUUGGGAUGUAUUCCUGCUGGACGGGGACCGUAUUUUAUCUGCAAUGGCGUACACAAUAAUGAAAUUGCACAAACGUUAUUUGCUACCAUUGGAGGGGCUCGACGAAUUUUGCAAUUAUCUUCAGAUUAAAUUGGAGAAAGACUUUCGGUAUGAUGAUGAUACUGUCAUUAGUGCUAUGGAAAGGAAUCAGGAAGAGCUCAAACGUGCUAAGUUGGAUUAUCCUGGAGGACCAUUGACUCAAGAAUUACCACGAUUCCCAUUUGGAACAUUCAAAGAGCCUUCUUUUACCAGCAAAGUUGGACGAAGAGCGGAAGAAUUUUCCGAGGCUCAACUAGUCCUUCGAGAGUCAGUGGCCCAACGGAGAGAGCUAGCAGUGACCGAGGAAACCCGCAACAGUCCAAUUCCCAGUGGUAGUGAUUUGGGGGGCAGCAAAUUCUCUUUCGAUCCAAGUAUCGAUGAUGGCACUUCCCCCCAUGGUUCUCGUCGUUCCCUAGCCGACACUUCUGUCACUUCAACAGCAGAUUUAUCAGUGUUUAGUUCAGCGACACGAUCGCAAGUCCUCGACAAUAGUUUGGAUACUCAGAGCAAUAUAUCUGUUGGUUCAUCAGGCAGUGGGGGCCUUCCAACUCCUCGUGCUACACCUCACCAGCCCUCACCUGAUGUGGUCAGGAUCUACGUACCUUAUUCACCGCUAUCGCCAAAUUCAUUCAAGGAGGACCUGCAGAGAACCCUUCCACGUUCACUCGAAACUAACAAAAUAAGGAUUAAAAUUGAUCCCGAUGAAACUCCAAUUGUAGAUCUCAAACCGUUCUCUCUCGAUAAUCCAGAUGUUGAACUCGAUCUGAAAUAAUUAUUACCCUUAUUUCAUUGAGUUUCUGCAACCAAGUGGUAGAGAAUAGUAUUCCUAUAAUAGAAGACAUGAUUUUGGGGAUAUUUCUCAAACUAGUGAAUUUAGAAUAAAAUGUCAAGAGAUCCGUUUUGUACAGAAAGGAAUUUCCCAUAAAAAGUUUCUCUUGUCAAAGACUGAAAGAACUAUUUCUGUUUCUAUUGUAUUGAAAAAAAUAAGAAAUGAGAGAGUAGAGUGAAUUUUGUGUGAGAUAUUUUCAACAUUUUGCCUCUCCCGAUUCAGUGAAGGGAUGAAAAAAGGUUCAAUUUAAAACACAACAGUAUGAUUAUAAAAUUAUCCCAUUAGUGGAAGGAUACAGAGAAAAUUGCAGAAAUAUUUUCUCGGCGAUAAGUUUCCUCCCCUUCAUUAACUGUCUCUUGACCUUUCUCCUACAAUCACUAGUUUCCCAACAAGGAAAAAGGAUAAGCCCAAAAAGUUCAUAUAUUUUCUGACGAAUAUCUCUGCAACUGAGAUGAAUGUAUCCUUUUCCGGCUCUAUCCCUAUUUUCUUUUGCUCCCUAGCAGCACCUACAUUACGUUGCUGCGAGCUUUUAAUUGAUUUUGGGACUAUUUUGUAUUAAGUGCAUGGAAAUAAUUUGUAGUAAAAAAACGUUUACAGUAAAUACCAUGAUUAAACACAUCUAGAUGAAAAUCAGAAUAUUUUUUACUCAGAUGGCAAUGGGGCCAUUCAUAUUGAAGGUUUUUGAGAAAAUUGCUAAGUGACCAUUCUCAUAGGUAAUUUCAUUUUCUACAAAAAAAGCUUUUUUGGUGAUUAUAUCGGGACUUUUCGGUCUCAGAAAUAUUUUUAAAUAAAACUUCAACAAAUGUCACUGGUAUUGUUUAAUAUCUUCAUUUUUACUUGAUUUGGUACUUAGGGAAAGGGAUGUGGAAUUUUCAGUACGCGGAGACGAAAAUCGCUGGUUUAGGUCAAUAACAUGACCAAUUUCAAAUACUUUGAAGGAGUUCAUUUCUCCAGCUUGACUUUGUCACUAGUUAAAUUUUUUGUUCUUGUUUUCUCAAAUUUUCCGUAAAAAUGAUCAAACAUGUCUUGAGCACCUUUAUUUUAUUAAAUAAUAAUCUCGCAAGAGUCACGGAAUAUUUUUCUCGUGUUAUUAUUGAUUCUUUGAACACUCAUCGCUUCGGAGACUUUAAAUUUUCACCACUCAACACAGAAUCAAACUAGAAACGUUUUAAUUGGCUAAUACAUCGAUCAUUGAAUGAAUUAAGGAGAUGGAAUGAGAAUCAUUAUUUUUAAAUCUCUAUUGAUUAGUAUUAAUUAAUUAAUUGAUUAUAAAUUAUGAAUGUUUCGAAUAUUCAGAUUUUUCCACAUUUCAUUUUAUUUGAUUAUUGAAUUGUGACAUGGAAAUGAAACUCAUUGAUAUUAUUUUUUAAUUGUGUAUUAUGAGACAGAAGAUUGUAAAAUAAUAAACAUGCCUAUGGAAAUUGUUCAAUAAUUGUAAAGAUUAGAUCUUGAAAUACUUUUCCGUGAAUUGCAAUUCUUCACAAAUAGUAGUGUAUAGGAUGUGUUUAAAUGGCAGUAUCUUGACGAAAAUAAAGACGAAGUAAUUUGAAGACAAAGGGAAAAAUAACUUUACAAAACUCAAUUGAAGAGUGAUAUAGUAAGGAUUAGAGAUAGCGCUCGAUAUAAAUGUGGAUAAAAUUAAUGUAAUAAAGUUAUAAGUUAUUAUUCGUGAAAAUUACAGAAUGUAAGGAUUAGAAAUGAAAUUAUUCUUUUUUUCACAUGACAAUUACGAUGAUAAUUUCGAGUAAAAUUCUCUAAGUUGAUUUUAUUUUUUUAAGUGAAUUUUUAUUGUAAUACAAUGCGGCAAUGUAUUUUUUGAGUGAUGAGAUUAAAAAAAUUGUAUUCAAAAUUGAAA